AUGUCUGGCACCGUCAUCCACCUCCGGUCCGAAAAGUUCAAGUUGCUGGAGCACCGCUCCGCGCUUACGCCUACUACCGCUAAGGCUAUGAUCGAUGCUGGCUACACCGUCAACGUCGAACGUAGCCCUGAGCGCAUCUUUGACGAUUCCGAGUUCGAGAAAGUCGGCUGCAACCUGGUUGAGGAGAGUUCUUGGAAGCAGGCCCCCAAGGAUCACAUUAUUCUUGGAUUGAAGGAGAUUGAGGAGGGCAGUGAGCCUCUUGAGCACGUCUUCAUUCAUUUCCAGCAUUGCUUCAAGAACCAGGGUGGCUGGUCUGAGGCUCUGUCUCGGUACCCUCGCGGAAACGGUACCCUUCUCGACCUCGAGUUCCUCCAGAAUGACACUGGUCGUCGCGUCGCCGCCUUCGGAUACCACGCUGGCUUUGCUGGAGCUGCUUUGGCCAUAGAGAACUGGGCCUGGCAGCUUACCCACCCCUCUGAACCCUUCCCCAGCGUCGAGAGCUACCCCAACGAGGAUGCUCUGCUGGUCGAUGUUAAGAAGGCUUUAUCUGAGGGCCAGGCCAAGGCUGGAAAGGUGCCCCGUGUGAUCGUAAUUGGUGCCCUUGGUCGCUGCGGCUCCGGUGCUGUCGACAUGUGCCUUAAGGCCGGUAUUCCUACUGAGCAGAUCCUCAAGUGGGAUAUGGCUGAGACCAAGAAGGGUGGUCCCUUCCCCGAGAUCGUCGAGUCUGACAUCUUCGUGAACUGCAUCUACCUCAACCAGCCUGUUGGACACACAAAGCUGACUUUUCUUCUUCAGUUCGUCAACCGCGAGUCGCUCAAGUCCCCUGGCAGAAACCUCUCUGUUGUCUGCGACGUCUCCGCCGACACCACCAACCCCCACAACCCUGUCCCCAUCUACACUGUGGCUACAACGUUCGAUAAGCCCACAGUUCCCGUCGAGGGCUUUACCAACCCUCCCCUGAGCGUCAUUAGCAUCGACCACCUGCCCAGUCUGCUGCCCCGCGAGUCUUCCGAGGCCUUCAGCAACGACCUUCUACCCACCCUUCUGGAACUUAAGAACUGGCGCAAUGACCCAGUCUGGGCUCGCGCCGAGAAGCUCUUCCAGGAGAAGGUGGCCACCCUUCCUGCCGAGUCCCUUGAGAACAAGGCCUAG